GAGUCCAUGCCUUGACAGCUCAGGGCUGUUUUGGCAGCACAAGGGGGGACCAACACAAUAUUAUAGUCAUUAUGUUAUGCCUGAUCGGUGUAUUCCCGGAUUCCCGGAUAUUAAUGUAGUACUGACUCCUGGCCAUUCACACUCUUGUGCCAGUAUCAUUAAUACACACUAACCCAUUUUUCAUCCAUUGAUUCUUCAAUUAUUUUACCAUUUAAGUCUGUAUUCUUCUACCAGUGUUAUGGCUAUUAAAGUCACCACAUCACACAACUUUGUCCCCAUUUAGUUCUAUCAACUCUUCUAACUUUUCUUCUUGUAAUAUUUGACAUGGGUUGUAGAAGUUAAUCACCUUGAAGCUACUUUUAUCAGUCCUGAUUUCUACAAUAAUUGCUUCUUUUUCAUUAAUACUUAUUUCUCUAAACCUCACUCCUUGUUCAAUAACAGUUACGACUCCUCCAGUUCCUCUUUACCUAUCUUUAUGUAUUCCUUCAUAACCUUGAAUUUUAAAAUCAAGAUGCGGUUUUAGCAUGUUUCUUGAAUACAUGCCAACUUGAUGUGUGAAUAUUAGCUACAUCAUGCUACAAACUUUAAUUGUCUCAGGCUUUGCUCUUGGUAACACUAUUGAGACGGAAACCAAAGGCAUCUGGAUGAGUUGUGUCCGUCACCCCUAUAAAGAAGGACACACUCUGGUGCUGCUGGACACAGAGGGACUCGGUGUUGUGGACAAGGGAGACUCUAAGAAUGACGGCUGGAUCUUCUGUCUGGCUGUUCUGCUCAGCAGCACUCUGGUGUACAACAGCCGCGGCACCAUCGAUAACAAUGCAGUGGAGAAGCUGCACUAUGUUAGUGAGCUCGCUGAAAAGAUCAAGAUUGAAUCGGUAGAAGCAGCAGAAGAGGAAUUUCUGACUGAGGACGAGUACCUUGAGUUUGCCCUCCAGCUGAAGAAAGGUGUAAAUAAGAAAAUCAGCGUCUACAACCUGCCCCGUAACCUGGAGGUCACGGGUCGUUUUUGUGAUCACAUUUUUCACAAGAGUUUUGUGAAAACACUGAAAGGAGGACACAAAGUUACUGGCAAAUUGCUCGGGAAUCUGGUGCAGAUUUAUGUGGAUACAAUCAGCAGUGGGAAGGUGCCCUGUCUGGACAAUGCAGUGGUUACUCUGGCAAAUCUAGAGAACCAGGCAGCUGUUCAAGAAGCUUUGAAAGUGUAUCAGAGUGGGAUGGAAGAGGUGAAGAACAAGUUCCCAGUAAGUGUGGAUGAUAUUUCCUCAGAGCACCAGAAGUUCAGCAGUCUGGCCACCGCUGAGUUCAUGAAACGCUCCUUUAAAGAUGAAAAAGGAGAAUACCUAACAAAACUGAUGGUGAGUUUCACAUGCACAAUUAUGCCAGCUAUUGAAAGCUGUGUAGGUAAAACCUCACUCCCCUGA